CGCCGUCAGGAAGCAGGCGCGGUGGGGACUUCUGGACUCCCCUCCCCCUCCCUCCGUCAGGCAGCAGGCGCGGUGGGGAGGACGACGAUCGCGACGCUCACUCCACCCUUCUUUCUCAACUAUGCCAGCAAUGACUGAGAAAGCUCCUCUUAAGAAGCAGCACCGAAAGAAAAACCGUGAGACACACAAUGCAGUGGAAAGGCAUCGAAAGAAGAAGAUCAAUGCUGGAAUCAACCGAAUUGGUGAGCUAAUUCCGUGUUCCCCAGCACUGAAACAGAGCAAGAACAUGAUCCUCGAUCAAGCAUAUAAAUACAUCACGGAGAUGAAGAGGCAGAAUGAUGAACUCCUGUUGAACGGAGGAAACAGCGAGCAAGCUGAAGAGAUAAAAAAGCUCCGAAAACAAUUGGAUGAACUCCGGAAAGAAAACGGUCGCUACAUCGCAUUAUUGAAAGCCAAUGACAUUUGUCUUUAUGAUGAUCCCACCAUUCACUGGAAAGGAAAUCUGAAAAAUUCAAAAGUUUCGGUGGUUAUCCCCAAUGACCAGGUGCAAAAGAAGAAAGAAAACCUCAAAAAUGCAAAAGUUUCCUUGGUUAUCCCCAGUGAUCAGGUGCAAAAGAAUAUCAUUGUAUAUUCCAAUGGGAGUCAGCUUGGUGGAAGUAACCAGGGGACAUCUGUUCAGGGAAUAACAUUUAAUAUCAGUCACAAUUUACAGAAGCAAACAGCUAAUGUUGUUCCUGUCCAGAGGACUUGCAACCUUGUUACUCCUGUAACAAUUUCUGGUGUUUAUUCCACAGAAAUCAAGUCAGGGGUUCAGACUUCAGUUUCUCCACUGGCGCCAAGCCAAGCUAAGAAAAGUCUUGAGCACUCUACCUCUGAGAAUGAGCAGGGCAUAUUUACCUGUGCUACCAGCUCCCAAAAUGCUUUGCAACCAGUAAGGAUACAACCUGAAAUGCAGCAUCCACCAGAAGUUGAAGACAACAUCCCCAAAUCUAACAAUAGGCAAGAAAGUUCCAAGUUACUGGAGAAAGCAGUUAUAUCCAGCAUUGGCCUUACUUCCAGUGUCGAUGUGGACAUAUCUGAUGCUCAACUAGCAGACAUACCCGCUGCAGAGGAUUCAGGAAGUGGGUCCCAAGAAAGGUGUGUUGUUUCGGCAGCGGAUGCCACUUGUACUCCAUUAAGGCUUUCUACUGUGGAUGGCUUUCCAUCAGGAAGCAUCUUAAAAAGUCCAGAUGUGCUAAGUGGCAGUGGAGCAUCAGCAACCUCUUCAGAAGAAAUCCUGAAGGUUGUAACGGAAAUCAGCACAUUGCCUGCUUCUGCUUUAGAUCAGUGGCCUUUCCCCAGUUCUUCAGGUAUUGGCACUCCAGGCUCAAAAAGCAUGGGUAGCCUGACACGAAUCGCCUCUGAUGGAAACACCCAGACGACCUGGUCUACUUUGACACUAGCAGGGAAUACUGUUCAGCCCCUAAAUCAUACUCCGCCCAGUGUAAUGACAGCCCUGCUAAAUGAGGCAGGCAGUGGUGCUGGUACUGUAACCUCCACACCGAACAAGUAUUUGACCACGGAUGCCUCUGCAAAUCAUCCUCUGCCUGCGGAGGAGCAUACACAAAUUGUGGUCACCUUGCCAUCCUGCCCAUCCUUGCCUAUGCAGCCGCUAGUCACGAAGACAACACGGGUUCUCGCCCAGCCUCCAGGCAGUCUCCUUCCAUUGAAUCCAGCCAUGCAGGUGAUCCAGAUGCCCCAGCCAGUUGGUUCAGCUGUCACUGCAGCACCUGCUAAUCAAAACGUCAUCAUCCUUCAGCCUCCCAAUGCUACCCACUGUCCACCGCUGUUGCGAGCUGAAGUCCCCAACCAAACCGUGAGCCAGCAGAUUGUGAUCAUACAAACGGCUAACCCAAACCCUUUCUCCCUUUUCUCCGCCCCACCACCACCUCCUCCUCCUGCUAGGGUGCCUGUGAAUGGAGCCACGCCCACAACAAGUGCUAGCAAUCCUAUGCAAAAUGCCUCUGGCUCUCAUAUGUUCGGCGGGAAGCACCUUGUCCAUAUUCUACCCAGGCCAUCCUCUUCAUCGUCUUCUAGCUCAGCACAGACGGUUCCUGUUGCCGUGUCGAGCCAGCAGCUUCCACAGACUGUUUCUUUAAAUGGGCAGCUGUUUGCACUGAAACCGGUUAAGUCCUGUUCUGGAGCUUCGGAUCAAGCCCCUAUGCAAAUUAUUCAGCCUACCACCAGUGAAGAUCCAAACACCAACGUUGCCCUCAAUACAUUUGGUGCUUUAGCUAACCUCAAUCAAAGCAUAUCGCAGAUGGCCGGGCAAAGCUGUCUGCAGCUGUCAAUCAGUCACCCAACCAGUCAGACAGCUGCCAGCAGCCAAGCCACACCAAGUAACUGUGUUCUGCUGGCAGCUACUGCAGCAUCCAAUUCAGCGGCUGAGAACUCUGUAUUGCCCAAUGUUUUACAUCCGGUGGAAGCGUCUCCCCAAAAAGCCCCUCUUGGUUUGCCAUCCAGUUUGGGCUCAAAGCGUUCGAAUAAAAAGUCAAGUACUAAAAAAUGCUUAGUGGGCAGCAACAACCUCACGUGCCGAAUUAAUCCUUGCAAAGAUCCCAAGAAGCUUGAUAAUGGGAACACAGAAGCUGCACUUGAGCAUUCAGGAAGCGACAUCUUGCUUGAAAACAUGUCUGUGAAUGUGGUAUUGCAAAGCUUAGCCAUACCCCAGGCAAAUAACAGGACAGCGCCGAAUGAUGCAAAUGCUUCUGAGUCUCAUUCCAAAGAGACACUGAGGACCGAGCAGGGUGUGGAAUCGAUUCCGGCCUCUGACCCAAACGCUGCUGCAGUGACUAGAUCAUCACCCCUCGAAUCGGCCUUGGGACAGUUUGAAGUGGUUGCUCCCAUAUCCAAAGACUCUGCUUCUCCACCUCUCCAGGCAUGUAGGCCACAGAGUAAUUUGGCAACACAUCCUCGGUUAUCGGAAUCCAGAUGCAUCCCCACCAUCUCUUUAACAUCUGCUUCGUCUGACUCGCAGGUGACAGUUCCUUGGAUUUCCGGGACAUCGGCAACAAACAGCGGGGCAGCUGCAGAGAGCGUUUCUAGAGCAGAGGUCUCCGAGAUCUGCCGGGUGGAGCAAAAUUGUUCGAUUGCAAUGCAAGCCACGGACUUGUUAGAAGGGCCAGGCUUCACCAAGAUGCUCUCUGAUCUCAGUAAAGAGGCAGGAGCUGUACAAAAGCCGUUCUCAGUCCAAGACGAGCUCCCCAAUUUUCGCACUCGGAGCACUAAGCAAGUUGCAGACUCAAAUGAUGAUUUGGCAGGGAAGCAAGAGGGGCUCUUGCUGAUGAACGCGGGCGGAGAAAACCUCGCACAUUCCUGCACCUCUGAACAAGAGACCGUUAGCAGUUCUCUCGCUGCUAGCAGGCAAGCCGACUCCCCCAUGUCAACUAGCUCAGGCAGCAGUUGUGGCUUCUCCGUUGCAUCGAUGCUGCCGGACACGUGCAGGGAAACGGUUCCCAGCAGCUCUUCGGUGAGCAGCUGUAGCAACUGCACGUUUUCCGAGCAAACGGAUAUCGUCGCUCUGGCAGCAAGAGCCAUUUUUGACCAAGAAACCCUUGCAAAAGGCUCAGGGCCACUGCCAGGAAGUGCUGCUUCCAAGACGAACGAAGUGGCAUCUCUAAGAAGAGACCAGCCUUUCAAGACGCAUGCAGUUAAAGACGCAGACCAGAUGGAAACAGCACCAACCACUUUCGGCACUCAGAAUCCAAUGCAAAUCAACAUGGACAGGACGGCAGAAAAGCAAAGCUGUUCUGUCGGAGUGGAAAUAUCCAAUUCGGCGUUGCAAAUUCCGACCCCCCAGUCUUCAAGUGCAACAAGCCUGAGUGUCAACAACCUCAUACAUCAAAGCUGUAUCAUCCACCCUGCUGUGAGCUGCUCAGGUUUACCUUCUGCUUCCGACCAAGCAACUGUCCCUGCAACAGUAACUCCAUCUAUGCCUGCCAACUCAUAUAUGAGUCAGUCUCCGGGACAGUCUCCAGUGCUGAUGACGGAUUAUGUUCCAGAACAGCUGUCAACCCUUCGGGCCAGCACCAUGCAGGCUUCUCAGAUGCACGAGCCACAAUUAAAGCCACAAAGCCAGGAAAGCCGCAAAGACUCAGGCAAGCGCUCUGUCCAAGAAGACCACCUGCUUUCUGCAUCAAAGAGACAGAAGCAGUGCCAGACAGCACCUCUGAGGCUUGAAGGCAUAGCUUUGCUGAACCAACCCGAAGACAGUAUUUCAGAUCAAACGCAGAUCCUAGUCAAUCAGAUCCCACCCAAUUCAUCCAAUUCAGCUGUGUCAGCAAGCAGUCAAGGACACACUGAUGGCCAUAGCAGGUUAUUUCCAGCCAGCAAUUUCGUGCCACCUGCUCUGAGGCAAGCUGAAGUUCAGUGUAAUUCUCAGCCUCCUGGCUUAGAUCAGCCAAGUCCAGCAGGACAACACCUGCAGCCUAUUCAACAUGCUCCCACUCAAGGAAUAGCUCAUCUUCACAGUAAUAACCACCCAUAUAUAAAGCAGCAGCAGCAGCAGGCAGGACAGUUAAGAGAAAGGCAUCACUUGUAUCAGCUCCAGCAUCACAUCUCUCAUGCAGAAAGCUCGAUCCACUCACAAGCCCAUAAUGUCCACCAACAAAGAGUAAUGCACCAAGAGGUACAAAUGCAAAAGAAAAGAACCCUCAUCCAAGCAGCCCAGCCCUCCACACUUGCUUUACAGCAGAAGCAUCAUGGAAAUGAUCAAGCACGGCAGAAGAGCAACCAGCCUCAUCCCCAUCACCCACAGAUUCAGCAGAUGCAGCAGCACUUUGCAUCUUCUCAAGCUGAGAAGAGCUGCGAGAACCCCGCUGCAAGCAGAACCCACCACAGCCAUCCUCAGAGCCAUCUAAAUCAGGACGUUCUGCAUCAGCAGCCACCAGAAGUGGGCAACAGACAGCCAGGUUCUGGAGUUGCUUCUGAGCAUGUACCAGGGCAUAGUCAGAUGCAGAGACUUAUGACUUCCAGGGCUUUGGAACAGCAAAUGGUGUCCCAGCCUAGUAUUGUCACCAGGCCGUCAGAUAUGACCUGUGCGCCCCACCGGCAAGAAAGAAACAGAGUUAGCAGUUACUCUGCAGAGGCACUUAUUGGGAAGUCGCCUUCCAAUUCAGAGCAGAGACUAGGAAUAUCUAUUCAGAACUCAAGGGUUUCAGACCAGCUUGAAAUGAGAAAUUACCUUGAUGUGUCCAGAAAUAAAGGAUUGGUAAUCCACAACAUGCAAAGUCGCGUAUCUGUAGACCAUUCAGUUGGAUCAGAUAUUCAGAGGCUCUCUGAGUGCCAGACAUUCAAGGCAAAUGGCACUAACCAGCAGCCCACAGGCAAUUUUGAUGUGCAGAACUCAAGGAAUAGUGAAAUGUCCUCUCUCCGGGGUAUGCAGACACAGGCUUUUCGAAUUGCGCAACAUGCUGGACCAUCCAUAGACAGACAAAAGAGGAUGUCUUAUCAACCAGUUCAAGGCAUUUCAACAGGAAAUCCUCUUCCUCCCCCAAGGGACAAUGAAAAUACAUGCCACCAAAGCUUCAUGCAAAGUUUGCUUGCCCCUCAUCUUGGAGAUCAAGCCAAUGGAAGCCAAAGACCAAUUUCAGAUCAUCAGAGAAAUCCACAGUGUGGUGCUUCCUCCAUUGUUGAAUAUAAUUGCUCCCCAGCAAGAGACAGCAUCCAUAUUCGACGAGAUGGUGAUGGUCAAAACAGGGAAAGCUGUGAUAUGUCUCUUGGCACUAUUAAUAAUAGGAACAAUUCAUUAAAUAUUCCUUUUUCAAGUUCUUCUUCUUCUGGAGAUAUUCAGUGUCGCAAUACAAGCCCCAAUAUUUCUAUUCAGAAAUCCAAUCCCAUGAGAAUAACAGAGAGUCAUGGAACCAAGGGUCACAUGAACACCCCAGUUUCUAGCAAUGUGCAUGGAGUUGUCCGACCUGCUCUCCCCCACCCACCAGUCUCUCGUGGAAAUACUGACCAAGUCCCACCAUCAGUUCGUCAGCCAAAUUCUUCAGUUACUCAGCGAUCAAGACAUCCUCUGCAGGAUAAUGGUGGUUCUAAAAUCCGCCAGCCGGAAAGGAAUCGGUCUGGAAAUCAAAGGCAUGGGAAUACAUUUGACCCUAGUCUUCCUCACCUUCCUUUGUCCACUAGUGGUAGCAUGAUCCUUGGACGGCAACAGCCUACUUUAGAAAAAAGAAGUGGCAUUGUGCGAUUCAUGCCUGAUGGACCUCAAGUGGCUAAUGAAAGUGCAGCUCCUGAUCAGCACGGUUUGUCUCAAAACUUUGGAUUCCCUUUUAUUCCAGAGGGUGGAAUGAAUCCCACCAUAAAUGCCAAUGCGUCAUUCAUCCCACCAGUGACUCAAUCUAGUGCUACGCGAACGCCAGCUUUGAUUCCAGUAGACCCUCAAAAUACAUUGCCAUCUUUUUAUCCACCGUACUCUCCUGCCCACCCCACCCUCUCCAAUGAUAUUUCAAUCCCUUAUUUUUCGAAUCAAAUGUUUCCAAAUCCAAGCACAGAAAAGUCCAACGGUGGAAGCUUAAACAAUCGGUUUGGCUCUAUCUUGUCUCCUCCGAGACCAGUGGGCUUUGCUCAGCCCAGUUUCCCUCUGCUGACGGACAUGCCCCCCAUGCAUAUGGCCAAUUCGUCACACCUGUCCAAUUUCAAUUUGACUUCUUUGUUCCCAGAAAUAGCGACUGCUCUUCCUCCAGAUGGUUCCGCAAUCUCGCCUCUUCUCUCAAUAGCAAACACCUCUGCCUCUGACUCUUCCAAGCAAUCGUCAAACCGGCCUGCUCAUAACAUAAGCCAUAUUCUUGGUCAUGACUGCAGCUCAGCUGUAUGAAAAGCAGUGGGCUGGAGAUGAGAAGGGCAGCUUAUUUUUGUAUGUGUUUCUGUAUUUUUAUGGAGACAUUUGCGCAUGCAUCUGGGGUUGUCAUCCCUGAAGAGACCACUUAUAAUAUCACUGUUUGUGGGAGAUGUGUGUACAUGGGCAGGUGCUUCUGUAUUUCUGCAUACCCACAUUGCCAACUUAAAGCAUCAGUGCCUAUCUCAGCAUUUACUAGUAAGAGUAGGAAUGCAGCACCUGAAACUGUCUUAACGGAAUAGCAGAAUCUGAUUGUUCCAGACUGUGACCCCUUACCCCAGUGCCAAGAUCAGUCCUGUGCAAAAUGGGACCAGGAAAGCAAACGCUUCAGAUUGCAUUUAUAAGCCUUGGACAGUAACUUGUUGUCCAAGAUAUGGAUCUGUAAAGCACACUUCAUCUUGGAACAAACGUUUUGAGUAUAUUCAUGCGAGAUCAUUUUGAUCACUUUUUGUAUUAAAAUUUACCAUAGAUAUCUACAUUAGGGCUGACUGUGUGUGGUAAAUUCUGGUGUGUGUGCGCAUAAAGUUUAAUUCCAUGUCUAGCUUCUGAGGAGCUGUAUGAAAAUUGUGUCAUGGAAAAUAUUGCUUCCCUUCUAAAACAUUUAUAGUAAGGCUCUCUUUCUUAGGCUUUAUUGACGUUUAUAUUAACAACCAUUCCUUCUAACAAUACAUAUAUUUUAAAAAUGUAAUGUAUUCCUUCUUGGUGGUGGUUUCCCACGCCCUCGCCAGACAUGGCAUUCAUUCUUGCCAUUACUGGCCUGUAUGCUGUGAGCUUUCUCAGGGUAUCCUUCUUACGUUUUGCUUACCACCUUUUUAAGGUGGAUCCUUCUAAUAUAUAUUUUUUAAUCUUGUGAUGUUUUCCUUUGCUUUCCCCCCAGAUUAAGUUUUAAACUUGUACAUGUUGAACAAGUUGUGCUAGGAACAUUGUUGUGGGUGAGACUGUAGGCAAAUGCAAAAUGAAUAUCAUUAAUUUAAAUUAUCACUUUGCACUUACACUAGUACUUUCUGUCAAAGCCAGAGGCUCUGGUGAGAGCGGAAAAAGAAGUUUGAGAGGUUUUAAAUGCUUGGCAAAUUGGGAUGUUCUUGGUGGAGUAAGCUGGGGGAAAGAUGAAGAAUGCCAGCCAGAAAUGGUUGGUUAUAAACAAAACACUAAGCACUAGUUGAUGACUUGAUAUGAAAAAUGUGGAGAGUAGCAUGUGCAUUCACAGAGAAGGUGAAUCAGCCAGACUUAAGCAUGCCUUUGGAUUGUUGAAAAGAGACGGCUUCCAUGCAUCUUCCUAUGGUGCUGGUUACCAGACAGUUCUGGUGGCAGCAGAUUAUUGGCCUAGGCUGGGUGGUUGCCUUGCUGGGUGGCUAACUUCUCUGCUUAAGCCUUUCCUUAAAUUCCAUAAACAGAGAACCAGACAUUUCAUCUAUGUUGGCUGUCUGAUGCUCAUUUACAUGAAUCACAGUGAGAGUGUGUACACAGGGAUCUUAGAGUGGAUAUAUGACGUAAUCAGAUAUGGUACUGUAGGAUGUUUACGAAGCAAAGUUAGUUGUGGAAAAGGAACCUCCUGUUCCAUGCAUAUUGUAAUCUUGAACUGGAACAGAUAAGAAGCCUUGAAGCGGAUAGCCUAGUCUGAUUAUGAUGUCAGGACCACCUAUUCAACUUCCUGAUUGUCUGUACACCCCAGUUUGCCAAACUGUUUGGAAUAUAAUACCAUAUUGCAAUGGGCAGUUUUAUCAACAGGUAAAGUAAGGCAGAGUGGGACCUGCAUAAUGAAUUCCCGAACAAAUACCUUGUCGUCUGGUUUUCUGUUGAAAUGAGCAGCUGAACAAGAUUGUAAAAGUGUGUCACUGAUAACACAUAGCAGCAUAUUUCUGGUUUGCAAAGACAUGCCUCUUUGUUUAGCGUGGAGUGCACAAAGGCAUUUCAGAUCUCUAACCUCUUGUUUGCCCUUUGGGGCAGGAUCCAUUCAGUGCUGGAUUCUUCUGACUCCAUGGGGCUGUUCUCACAAGCAGCCAAGCCUGGGCUGGGCUGCCCGUGAGAACUGCCGGGAUCCACACAGAUCCCGCACUCCUGCAGCACCAAACCUAGCACCAAAGUCUCAUAGCCGAGGUUCAUGGCUCAUAGCCGAGGUUAAGGGCACAAACAUGCCCUUCACCUGGCUGCCAGGAUCAAGCAGCUCACGAUGACACAAAGAUGGGCACCUCCAGCACCUGUCCCUGGGGGACUCCCCCAAAUUGGGCCACAUGAGUUCCUAACAGGACUGUUUAGGAACUCCGUUCUUUGAAGUUGUUCAGGCACCGCCGCUAAUAUGUCUGGAAGCAUUUACUGCUCCUUGAGCAGCUGCUUAGUUCGCUUUGGGGACUUUAAUAGCUUCUCCGUUUAGACCAGCAACUUACUGACGUGAUAGUUUUGGACUGUGCUUCCCAGCUCUCUUCAAUAACACAAGCAACUCAGAUAAUACCGGAGACUAGCUUUCUUGUUCACAGAGGACUUUGUUCCUUAUUGCAGGAAAGGCAUCAUUAUUCUUCACCCGGAGUCCCUAUCUAUUCUCUUGCUUUAACUGGUUGAGUUAAAUGAAAUGAAACCCGUUUUAGAGAGUUGCGAGUAAAAUGCUUUAUUGUACCUAACCCUUGUUGGGAGGGAGUAUAAAGUUAUCCCCUAAUGUUCUCUCCCCACUCCUGUCCCCUCCCCACAGGGCAAUCCUAGGAUUCCUUAGCACCCCUUGGCCACCGAGACAACAGAAGUCUGUGAGACAAACGUGUUGAUGUUGAUACUGUGCUCAAGCAGGUUCUGUAGUUCAGCAAUCAGAAGCACCGUUUGAGCUGCCCCAUGGGAAAACUAACCCGUUUCAAUGGAUUCUAAUCAAACUGCAGAGUAAGCCUUUCCUCCUUCCAUAUGAGGCCUGUGUUAAAACACUGUUACAGCACUAGGCUCCUUUUAACUUCUUGUGCAAUACAAUGUGUGAGUGGAUAGAAGGUGCUCUUUCCAGACAAUUGCUGCGCUUCCAUUUGCCUAGAGAUGCCAAGAGCAUGUUGAGUUGACCCAGUGAAAACUGCGUGUAGCUCUGCAGCCUCUUGUUAUGCAUGCAAUUUGACUUGAAAACCUUCCCUGCGGUGUCCGGCUUAGCUUCUAUGGAAAUGUGAAGGUGGCUUCAUAGUUGGCACAUGCAGCUUCUCCUCUAAAUCUGGCUAACUACUCUUCUUGGCUUCCUUAUAUCGUCUGGCUUUGCAAACAGAGGAUAAAUCCAACUCAGCCCUAUAUGUUACAUUGUACCUUGGCUCUACUUUACUCUUCUCUCUGUUGCUGAUAGAGUUUAGUGUACCACUACAGCUCACCAUUUAACCAGCUUCCCUUCCCUCCACUAGCUGGUUAAGCUGUAUAGUUUGAUUACUGUUUGCUACCUCCUAGGACUGGGAAGAUUCCGAUUCUUAUUUUUUAUCAAAAGAAUUUCAUUUAACUAAUUAGUAGUAACAAAAGAAACUCUCACAAAGAGAGGGGAAGUGUCCAAGACCAUAUAUGGGAUCUGUUAGAAUCCAUGUUUCUUGAGUGACCUUUUCCCACAAUUGUAAAUUAUGCCUUGGAAGAGCAUUUCUAGACAAAAGUUAUAUGUUUGGUGUUUUUUUAGGACCCCUAAAAUUCUUACAGGGAAUGGAGACAGAAUUCCAAGGGUCCUGUAACAAAGCAUAGCCAUUUGUUCUGGCUGGACGCAGGUGAAGGGGAAAUGUCUGGAAAAUGCCAGACUGACCAACAUCUAUGAGGAAAUUCCUACCUAAAAUUGUCUUGUAUGAAUUGUCUUAAGCAAUUGUUCUGCUUCUAAGCAGGCAAGUUAUCAAAAGUCUACAGAACUGGGAGAGUAUCACCUUGGUUGACAUUAAAUUGUAUUAACUAUUUUUUUCUGCCAGUGAAUGAAGAAAUGAGAAUACCCAAACUUUCAGUGUGUGCAUUGUGGUAGUAACUGAUAGGAUACUCUCAAUCUGUGGGCCUAAUCUGUGUUUUUUGUGUGUGUGUGGCAACACAACUAUAGGGAGUUGCUAAAGUGCUCCCUAGUGUAGAUUGGUGGUGACAGGCACUGAAAAAAGGCUUAAGAUGUUGCCUACAGUAGCGGUUUUGCUACUGCAAAUGUUAGUGAGAUUUGAGUUAUUGCUGGAGAUCUAUUUAGUGGAAGAUUGUACGCUCUAUUAAGACUCCAUGGAGAACAAAAUAAUACCUAUGAAACUCUUUGCUGAAGCAUGCACACUCAACCACAUUUUUCAGGUUUUUACUGAAGAGUACAUAUGCAGAGACCAGUCUAAAUUGAUUUCUUCCUUUUUAAUUGUUAAAGGUUUGUGUUUAUAUCACUAAACCAGUCAGUCCAUCAUUUCCCAGCUUAAAUUAAUCUUACUGUUUAUCUGAAUACUGGUCUCCAGUUGUGUUCUCUUAUCAUACUCUUUUCCUAUCAACUCUGGAAUAAUCUAAUACUUUCAAUCUCUUAGGGAAGAUUGGUGAAAUAUUGACUGGGGAUUUACUCUAUGUGCGAGAUCCACGGGAUGCCAACUUUGAAUACACAUAGCAUUAAGCCGUUCCCCUUUAAUCCCUAGCACAUGUAAGUGCCACAGUAGGCAAACUGUAUAUAAGUUUAGAACCUGCUGGAUGCAACCAGCAGGGCCUUGCUCUUUUGAUGGGAGCAGAUAUGCAAAAUUGGGUGCCAGACAGCAUAAGAUUGGGUGCCAGUGUGGCAAAUCCCUCCCACUACAUAAGCCAUAUGCUGUGGUGCCCAAUUACCCUUAAGCACUUGAGAGGGCAAGCUAUAAACCCCACCUCUCCUCUUAAUUUCAACAUUUCUUCAUUUCAACAAAUCCUCUUGCUCUGUGCCACAGGUUGUUUUUGGUUUUUUGCUAUGUAUCCUCCAAAAUUCUAACCACUCCUUAUGGUUCCUGCAGACUCUUUGUUAUCCUAGUACAGAAAUGUGUAAUUAUUCUGAUUAGGAGCAUAAAUUAUUAUUGUAAAUAAGAUUUUCUUCUGUUUAUUUUGACAUUUUUUACAAAUUCAUUGCAUUCAGAUGUAAAUAUUUGCAAAUGUGAUUUUGUUUGAAGUUCUCGAAUUGUAAAAAUUAUAUAGAUAUUAAAAUGGUAUUUUAUUUUAAAAA